AUGGCCCCCAAAGAUUAUUUAGGUGAUCGUAGCAAGUCAGUCAGACAAUUGGUCUGGAUUGGGAACAAAGAUGUAAUGAUUGUCAACGGCGACGGCGGAACGAAGUGGAACAUCUAUACCUACGAUCUUAUCGAUGAGUACAGUGGCUUUGGGAAGAUGCCCAUCUUCAAAUCUACAGGAGAAGCCGUUUACGCAAACUGUGAUGAAAACGUUCCGAAGAUCAAGUAUUUAGACGAAACGGUCCCAACACUUUCAAUCGGCAAAGGCACAGAGCGGUCGGAAGGGACGACAAAAUUGUGCAAAUACGAUGGCACCACGCUUUAUGAAACUGAUGAGUUGGAGAUUACUGGCGAAAAUCAGAACAAAUUGCGGGAGAUUGUUGAGUUUAUGGUAGAACCGUGGUACCUUCCGCAACAGCGAACUACAACGAUAUUUCUACUAGACGAUGACAACAAACGAGCACUUCUUUUUGGCAGACAAACAAUACAUGUGUGGAACUUUACGUCAACCGAACCGCGCUUGGAGUACAUUUGGUGUAAACCAAUGCCUGCAGUAAAUUACAGUAUUGACGAGCCUUUACUAGACAAAGAUAAGAAUAUUCUCAAAUUUCGAUAUAAGUUUGAAAAAUUUAGUGAAGAGCUGGAAUUGUCGCUGCGUCCAACCAAAUUCAAAACAACCUUACACGCAUUGUAUGCCCGUAAUUUUCUGGAACGCAAAGACAAUGUCGAACGUCAAAUCGGCUCGAGCCACGGAUUGCUUUUUUCCACGCUAUUAAGGCAAUGUGAAGAGAUUGUGUACAGCACCAUCCACAGCACCAACGCUCGAAUCUUUAAUGCGACCGUAGACGAUAGGUCCAUGGUGUAUUUGCUGAUUGAUCUGAAUUGCGCAUUUGCAGAUUCAAUGUUAGAAGCGCUAUUACAAAAGGACGUUUAUAUUCCGCUGUUUUACGAAAACAAAGAGUCGGCUCUCUCAUGUGCGAUCUCGAAAGGAAAGGCAAAAGUCGUUCGUCUGUUGUUAAAGUACUACUGCCGCAGAACCGAAGAAAAGGCCAAGGGAAAGCCAGAAUUUUGGACACUGACGGUCGUUCCCGUGUUCAAACAACUGAUAACAAAAUACCCAGACUCGGCGUUGGAAUUGAUGAAAGCUAUAAGCGAUCUACCGAUAAGUGAAAAAAUUGUAUGGAGUAACCGAGAAGAUUUAUACGCUUUUAUCCGUGAAACUGAUGAAGUCCACGAGAUGAGCGCUCUAAGGAAAGCAGACGAAAUCGAUGAGGCAAACAAGGUCGGUACCCAUCCACGCUAUAUGUGUGUGGUUCCGCUCCCAGGUUUUACCGAACAUCCGGAGUUUGCUUUUUAUGACCUCGUCUAUAAAAGGCAAGGGUGUUGUUCCCGUUUCGCCGAUGCAGUGUUCCAUGGUCCUAUUGAUUUAUUUGGUGAACGUAGCAUGGAAGCUAUUAUUAAUUUUAAAUGGAGGAUGUUUGGUAGUCGAUAUGCUUACUGUUUAAUUUUUGCAUAUUUGUUUUACCUGUUCUCAUUCAUGAGCAUGGUAACGCUAGACUCGGGUAGGAUACAACUAGAUGAACAAUAUAAGAACAUUGCAAUGAAAGUGUUUAUUGUUAUAGUAUUGGGGGCAGGUUCUGUGUUUUUGAGUACGGAAAUGAGACAAUUGAUACAUAAACCAUAUUAUUAUAUCCGUAAUAUUUAUAACUUGGUAGACGUAGUUAGUUUAAUAAUGCCAAUUGCGUAUGCAAUUAAUUUGCUCGUUGGGCAUGAACCUUUUCAACCUGCAUACAUUGGCGCAUCUGUGUUCUUUGUAUAUUUAAAUUUUAUUUUGAAAUUGCGAAUCUUUGAGAAACUUGGAACGGCGAUUUUCAUUAUUAUUGAAAUAAUGUCUAAUGUAGACCGUUUCGUGCUGGCGAUGGCGAUAAUGGUGUUCGCGUACGCGUACACUUUCUGGUUGUUAUUAUGUAAUACGGAAGUUACGAAUGCGUUAAAUGAUAAUAAUGCGACUGCACAAGAAUACUCCACCUUUCAACGAGGAUUAGUUUCCACUUACUUUUUUGUGACAAAUAAUCUCGGUUCACUCGGUGACGCCUUCGGAGAUUCGACCAUUGCAAUAUUUACGGUCUUAUUUUCGGUGAUCAGUUUUUAUAUGUGGACAGUCUUGGUUGCAUUGAUGAGCAAUGUUGUCGACGACUCUAGAACCGUUGGUAGGCACGCCUGGCUUAAACAAAGAGCAGAGGUCAUAGUUGAGAUUGAAUUGUAUUGGUUUACGGCAAAGCAAAGAAGACGAAAAGAUUACUUUUCUUCAUUGAUCUAUUACUAUGCAAGCCCCGAUGCCAUCGAAAAACGUAGAGAAAGGAGC